CCCCGCGAAAACACGACCCAAGUGCACAGCAUCGAGGGCUUCUGAGUGUCAUUUGGAGAGACGGCCAGCUACAGAAAUCACGGCCCGUUUCAAAAUGGACCUGGACGGUUGAAGAAUCGGCAGAGGAGUCACCCAAACACUCUGAAUAAUUCACGUCUCGGGACACCGGGAAAACUACGCCUGCGCUCCCAAGCCCGUCCCUCAUACGGUUAAAUGCAAAUUGGCCUUUUCAGUCCUCUCCCGAAAACCUCCCGCAUACAUGGCUGACACGCCACCUACUGCAAAAUCGAGCUGACAGGCUCGUGCAAAGCUGCCGGCACUUCCAUUCCAUCAGCGGGCUGGAGCGGAAUAAAGGCGUGUUUGAGAGAGGGGGGUGGGUGGGUGUUUUUUCCCAACCUCUCGCCACACCACGGAGGACCGGCUCCCGGAGAGACCCCGACCGAGUUUUGGAAAUGGAACGGAAAAUCAACAGGAGAGAAAAAGAAAAGGAAUACGAAGGCAAGCACAACAGCCCCGAAGCUUCCGACAGUGGAAAGGACUGCAAAUCGACGCUGGUCACGCUCAACGUUGGCGGGUAUCUGUACGUUACUCAGAAGCAGACUCUGACCAGGUAUCCGGACACUUUCCUCGAAGGGGUGGUCAACGGAAAAAUCCUGUGCCCCUUCGACGCGGAGGGCCAUUAUUUCAUCGACCGCGAUGGGCUCCUCUUCAGACACGUCCUGAACUUCUUACGGAAUGGAGAACUUCUCCUUCCGGAAGGGUUUCGGGAGAAUCAGCUCCUGGCGCAAGAAGCGCAGUUCUUUCAGCUGAAGGGAUUAGCUGAGGAAGUGAAAACCAGGUGGGAGAAGGAACAGCUCACAUCCAGAGAGACGACUUUCCUGGAAAUCACCGACAACCACGAUCGCUCCCAGGGUCUGCGAAUCUUCUGUAACGCUCCCGAUUUUAUCACCAAAAUCAAAUCCCGCAUCGUCCUGGUGUCCAAAAGCCGGCUGGACGGGUUCCCCGAGGAGUUUUCCGUAUCUUCAAACAUUAUUCAAUUUAAAUACUUCAUCAAGUCAGAAAAUGGUACCCGGCUGGUUCUGAAGGAAGAUAACACCUUCGUCUGCACCCUGGAGACGCUGAAGUUUGAGGCUAUAAUGAUGGCUUUAAAAUGUGGCUUUAGACUGCUCACCAGCCUGGACUGUUCUAAGGGGUCAAUUGUUCACAGUGAUGCACUUCAUUUUAUCAAGUAAUUACUUCUCUCACUAGGACAAAGGCAACAAGCAUGCAGCCAAUAAGCCUCCUUACAAUCCGGCACCCCAGCAUCACCAAUAAUGUUGCUAACUGGCUCUGCACCAGAACUCUGCUGCUAAUGAAUUACUGUGAGCUAAUGGUAUGUAAAUUCUAUCCUUAAUGACAUCUGACUCUUCUUGGGUUAUUUGUGCUGAAGGGAAUCUUACACCUAAAAUAAAAGAGAUUGCUCUUUGAACUGUGGUGAAUGAAGCCUGAAGGCUUUGGCUAGUUACCUAUUUUUUUUUCCGUCGUGCUCUCUUUCCCCCGACAUCUCUAUGUUUAAAUGUUUUGUGGCACUUGCGUGACUAAUAUGCAGGCAUAUUUAUUACUCGGUUCAAGUAAAUGCUGGUGAAAAUAUCCCUGGAUCAAGCAAGGCUGAAAAUCCUGUUCUGCUUUUGGGGUGAUCUACGCGCAACCGAACUGGAAUUUUAAAAAGUGCACGGUAGAUUUGCAAGUCUCUUGAAACAGAUUUCUAUUCAAUAAGAUGAGACUGCAAGUGGUUUUUAAAAAGGCAUUUGAUAUUUAGGAGUCGGAAAAUAAGAUGAUUUCACAGUUCUCAUAUAUAUAAGUAACACUGAAAUCAUGAACUGAAUUGAUAAUGUGCUGAGGAUUCCUAGAAGCCUGUAUCGGAUGACAAUAAAAAACAAGAAAAUAA